AUUUAUAUUAGAAUACAUUGAUGUGAAAGUGAGUUGAAUGAUAAAUCUAAGGCUCAAAAAUAAAAUCAAUUUUAGAGGUAAAAACUAUAAAUUCUAACUUCAAGUCAGAUAACAUGUUGGGUUACACGUUCAACUUUUCACAUUUGCUUAAAAUCAUGGUGACUUUUCCACACUCAUAUAUAAGCUUAGUUUAAUAGCUUCUCUGAAAUCACGACAAAUUGAAUAAUGUACGUGAGUUUGAAACCUCAAACUCAAAACCAAACACAUGCAUAAUCAACUCUAGAGGUAAAAUCUCUACUCGAGAAUAACCAAACAUCUCAAAAUCAAUUUUAGACCUCUAGAUUCAAUUUUGCUUGCUCUAAAAUUGGAACCAAACAUACACUAGGUACUUAAUGGGUUCAUCCAUAACAAUUUGAACUGAUAUGGUGCAGUAAAACAUGAAAAUAAUCAAGAGUACAUAAUCAUCACCCCCCUCAUUAUCAUCUCCUACUCGAUACUCAUAUGAUGAGUGACUGAUGUGUUGUAAUAAUACAAAAGAACAUUCACUGACUUCUGAAUGCACAAAUUACAAGAACAAAGAAGGUAAAGGAUAAAGUGUGAUUUGUCAAGAAAGUACAAAAGCAGUUUCCACUCCACAAGAUCCCCUGCAUGCCCACCAUAUCAUACACUUUCACCAUGUGUUGGCAUAGAUGCUGCUAUUAUCCCUUGAUGAACUUUAACUAAAGCUAGUUACCACGUGUGAAUUGUGAACUUAUGGCCUUAUUGUAGGCAUUAGUUACAACUCACAAAACCAAGAUGCUUGUAAAACUAGACUGAAUAAUAGUAUAAUAAUACACUCUUCUCAACACAUUAUCUUCUAUUAAUUGAAAUUCAUACCAAUCUCGUCAAAUUUGUGUGGGAUCGACAUAGGUGUGAAGGCAGACUUGCAUCACAGAGGGGCCAACUAAAACAAAUUGAUUAAAGUAGUAUUUGGGUCUUUGAAAUUGUAAGUAAUUUAUAGUGUUUGGAAAACAUAAAAAUCACGGUGGGCCAAAAGCUACACAUUGUAGCUUCUAAAAUUCACUGUGAGACACUCCUAAACUCACAGUGGCGGUGGGCAAAUUUGUAAAAUAACAAUUUAAUCCCCUUAAUUGUAGCUUCUAAAAUUCAUGGUGAGACACUCCUAAACUCACCAUGGCAGUGGGCAAAUUUGUAAAAUAACAAUUUAAUCCCCUUAACCAAAAUAUCUCUUUAAGAAACAUCCAUCUAAGCCAAUAUAAGACAAAUAGUCUCAUGUCACAUCAAGAUAAAUAUUGAACCUUUAAAAUUAUUGUUAAAUUGGGAAAAAAAAAUACUAUCAGAUUAUUUAAUAUAAGGGACUAACGAAAUUUGGAAAUUCUGUAGGGGCUUCCACCCCCUUAGACUUAUUCAAUUUAGUAAGACUCAUUUGAACUUCAAUCAAAUAUGAGUGAGUGUGUUAGAGGAUGAUAGAAGCAGGUUCCUAUCAAAGGAUGCGUUGCUACGAAUAUCCUAAAGCUCAAUGCAAACCAAAACAAGUAAGUGCACCACAUAACAUACAAUGUGAAGAAAACAAUCCAGAAAAAGAUGGUAAAAACAAUAGUUGACGAAGGUUGAAAUUGAACCAUUAGCAAAAACAGGCAUUUUUCAUUGAUUUUGGUUUAUGAGCCAAACACAAAGAAAUGCAUGCUUCAUGUAAUUGAUUUUGGUUACAUUACACUGAAGAUCAAAACUGAUUCUAGAGGCAUAACAUGUUUGGAUGUUAUCAAAUAUAAUUGAUUUUGUCCCUAAAAGUGUAGCCUAAUGGUUGGAUCGGGACGCUAAUGUAGUGUCAUGAAAAAGAUUCAAGUUAAACCCCUAAUGCAAACAAAUUAUCCCUAACUAAUUACUAACUACUAACAUUUGUCGAUCAAAAUAAAAUAAAAUAAAAUAAAAUUGAUUUUGCCUCCACAAUUGAUUAUAGUUUGAAGCUAGGAUAUGUAACUUUUGACUGCAAACGUGAUUUGUACACCCAAUAUUGUUCAACUCACUUCCACGUGAAUGUAUCCAAACAUAAAUCACUUCACGUUCAACAAAAUCAAUUCAUUCAAAACCAAUUUUUGUCAUCACAUAAACAAACACAAACUAAACAAAAUGGAAGAAAGAACCUUUGGCAAACAUAAAUUUACAUUUUCUGAGAUUCUGUACUAAGGCAAUGCAUGUGUUAAGUAUAAACACACACUUCAUAGAUGAGCUUAAUUCCAUGAACAAACAAAAUCAACCACAUCUACAAACGAACAAAGCAAAAGCAAAAAAGCAAAGUUGUCGACUUAAUCAUCUUUACCUUUAACUUUAUCCUCCUCUACAAUACAAUGUUUAUUUAACCCUUCUUUUUCAUACACAAACCAACACAAAACAGUAACCUUUACCAGACCUUGUUCCUUCUUUUAUGCAACGUAUAUAUAUAUAAACAAAACCAAAAAGAAACAAUUCACAAUCUAUUCUAAUAUUCACAACUAACAACACAGAAAUUUUCAAGCAAAAAAAGAAAAAUGGAGAUAUUACCACAAAUGUGGUCAUUGUUAGGGUUACUCACAGUGCUCCAAAACGUGCUUCCAUCACAGCUUCUCUCUGUGCUUCAUUCACUAUACGAAUCUCUCCAAGAUUUGCUUUCUCCAUAUUCUUAUUUCGAAAUUCCUGAGUUCAACGGUUACUGCGGAGUUGAACUCAACGAUCUCUACCGUCACGUUCACCUUUACCUCAACUCCGUCAACCACUCCCCCGCCGCCGCAUGCCGUCGCCUCACGCUUUCACGCUCUCCCUCCUCCAACCGCAUUUCCUUUGCGGUGGCUCCUAACCACACCGUCCAUGACACCUUCAACAACCACCGCCUUUCAUGGACACACCACGUCGACGCGGUGCAGGAUUCACUUGAAGAAAAGCGGAGCUUCACUCUCCGUCUCCCGAAGCGUCACCGUCACGCGCUUCUCUCUUCUUAUCUCUCUCAUAUUACUUCACGCGCCGAGGAGUUCGAGCGUGUUUCACGCGAACGGAGACUCUUCACAAACAAUAACGGAGCUGGUUCGUUUGAACCGGGUUGGGUUUCGGUUCCAUUUCGCCACCCUUCCACUUUCGAAACAUUAGCAUUGGAACCUGAUUUGAAGAAACAAAUUAAAGACGAUUUAACUGCUUUUGCUUCUGGAAAAGAGUUUUACCACCGGGUCGGGCGGGCUUGGAAACGUGGAUACUUGCUCCAUGGUCCUCCAGGGUCGGGUAAAUCAAGCCUCAUUGCUGCAAUGGCGAAUUUUCUUUGCUAUGAUGUUUACGACUUGGAACUUACUAAAGUUUCUGAUAACUCAGAACUUCGUUCACUUUUGAUCCAAACGACGAACCGUUCCAUUAUUGUUAUUGAAGACAUUGAUUGUUCCGUGGAUUUAACUGCAGAUAGAACGACGAAGAAAAAUGCUACGAAAUUAUCGUCUAAAUCGAAGAAACAUAAAACGACGUCGUUUGCGGGUUCGGGUUGUGAUGAAAAUAGUCGGGUCACGCUUUCGGGGCUCCUUAAUUUCACGGACGGGUUAUGGUCGUGUUGUGGAGAAGAGAGGUUGGUGGUUUUUACAACUAACCAUAGAGAUAGUGUUGAUCCGGCGUUGGUUCGGUGUGGGCGCAUGGACGUGCACGUGAGUUUAAGCACGUGUGGGGUGCAUGCGUUCAGGGAAUUGGCGAAGAACUACCUUGGGGUGGAGUCGCACGUGAUGUUUGAGGCAGUUGAAGGGUGCAUUCGUUCGGGUGGGUCCCUUACACCAGCGCAUGUGGGGGAGAUUUUAUUGAGGAAUAGGAGGAACGUUGAUGUGGCAAUGAGGGAGUUGUUGUCUGUCAUGCAAGGUAAGAUGCUUGCUGUUGUAGCUGUUGCUGGUGACCAGACGGAUAAUGAGGAGAUUGGAGUGGUCGGAGCGAGGUCACCUGAGAGUGUGCUUUUGAUGGGGUCGCCAGAGAAUUGGGACUCUUUGAGUGGGAAAAAGAGAAAGGAGCAGCAACACGGGUCGAAUAAUCUAGAUAAGAAGGUUAAGUUUUUUGUGAGGUUGAGGUCGUUGACCAAAUCUGAUUCUGGUAGGUGAUGUGUUUUUUAGAGGGAUAUUCAAUGUAAUUGGGUUAUGACUUAUGGGUUUAAUGUUUUACUAGUAUUAUUAUUUUGUAAAGCAUAUUAGUGUAUGAUUUGAUUCCUCUGCUUUUUUGUGCGUUGAUUUGUAACACAUGUUGACACCAACCAUAUUUGUAGUUCAGAGGAAUACAGGUAAUUAACUAUUCUCCAAUGAUGGUCCA